AUGCAGUUCAUCGACGCCGAUGCCGUCGUCGCUGAUUCGACUCAGAUGACCGACCUGCCAGAGCAGCCAACAGAUGCUAAGGGCCGACCCAUCGACCCGACCGACGUUUUGCCAGAUGAACCCAUGAAACAAGCGCCCAGACCCACACCGCCUGGUUUUCUGCGAUGGGGGCGUGCCGUGUCGUCACGGCAUAGUCAAGGCCAACAACUCACCGUGUUGCCCCAUACACCGCCAACCAUCCAGAACAUCAGCACCUUUUCUGGACCUCAGACCAAUUGCAUGAUCCACCUUUAUCGUGGUGAGCUGGGCAAAAUGGUGGCUUAUCGUAUUCGCCUUGAUACCAGCACCAACUGGGCUGUCAGCACGACCUCCGUCCUGACGGUCCUUGCCAUGGGCGACGACUCGGUUCCACACUACUUUUUUGCAUUCAUUCUCUUUAUCAACACAGCCUUCCUUCUCAUUGAGGCCCGCCGCUAUCAGAUCUUUUUGGCUAGCCGUGCUCGCGUCCGAAUUCUCGAGUCGGUACGUGCCUUGCAAUACCGCUUGCCCAAUUGCAUUUGA